AAAAAGAAAAUACGAAAACAGAAAGUCUCAAUGCCAUUGGAAUUCGGAAUCAUCAUCUUCUCCUUCGUCGUCUCUCUUUUCCGAUCCAUAGUGAUCGAAUAAAUAAAUAAAUAAUUCAAAUCAAAUGGGAUAGAAAAAGGGAAGGCGUAUUUUGCCCUAAUUUCUCCCAUCAGCGAGGAAGAAGAACGAUCGAGAUGGAUCCGAUGGAGCUCGAGGACGACAGCUGUUGGGAUUUCCUCGACUGCUCCUUCUUCGACGACGGCUCCUCCCCCGUCCCUCCUUCCCUUUGGCCCAAUUCCCGCAGCGCUGGUGUGAGUGCUGAUUUGUCGAGCAGCGGAGUCGUACCGCCUGAGAGCGAAUGCAGCGGAAGGCAGUGUACCCGUAAGAGGGCGCGCGGUGAAGCAUGCAGCCGCCCUGGUACCAAAGCUUGCCGCGAGAAAUUGCGGAGAGAGAGAUUGAAUGACAGGUUUCUAGACUUGAGUGCUGUUUUAGAACCUGGACGAUCUUGCAAAACCGAAAAACCUGCCAUACUUGAUGAUGCCAUCAGGGUGUUGACCCAACUCAAAUCUGAGUCUCAAGAGCUCAAGGAAACAAAUGAGAAGCUGCUCGAAGAAAUAAAAUGCCUGAAGGUGGAGAAGAAUGAGCUUCGAGAAGAGAAACUGACGCUGAAGGCUGACAAAGAAAGAAUGGAACAGCAGUUGAAGACUAUGAGCAUCCCACCUACUGGGUUCGUGCCUACUCAUCCUGCAGCUUAUCAUCAUCCAGUAGUAAACAAGAUGGCUGUAUAUCCAAGCUAUGGCUUAAUCCCGAUGUGGCAGUACAUGCCUCCAUCUGCCCGUGAUACAUCUUCUGACCAUGAACUGAGGCCACCUGCUGCUUAAUGAAAUCUUUUCUUAUUUGCGGAUAAUUUCAAUUCUUCUUUUUGGGUUGUCUUUAGUUCUCCCAUAAGGGAAAAAGAGAAGCGGUGCUUAAAUUUGCUGUGCAGUAAUUUGGCAAUCUUCUCGUCCAUCAAGGUGUAUAUAUAUUGAUCACUGUCAUUGUGAUUUGCCUGCUAUACUUUUUAACUUAUGGUGAACCGAUGAGAGUAACUUCUCUCGAUUGUCGUUUUAGUCCUUUAUAUCUUGUAUAAACAGGAUCGUGUCUACUGAAUGAAUUCCCUGUCUCAA